GCCUUUCUCGGCUACCAAUUCUCGAAAUGCUAUAAGUGGCGCAAAGGUUUUCGCUUCAAGCAUUUCACAUCCCUCUCACAAUGACUUCCAUUUUCACUCACGAAUUCAACACCCCCAUCUACAAGGGCAAAACUUCUUUCAAUACUGGCCUUUAUAUCAACGGAAAAUUCGUGGAAGGUUCAGACAAGAACACAAUCGAUGUUAUCAAUCCUGCCACCGGAAAGAUAAUCACGAAAGUCGCCGAAGCGACAUCUAAGGAUGUCGAUGUCGCUGUAGCUGCAGCUCACAAAGCUUUCGAGACUACCUGGGGUCUCAACAUGGGAGGCGCAGGCCGAUCAAGAUUAUUGGCAAAACUCGCUCAACUCAUGGAAGAACAUCAGCAGGAGCUUGCUGCCCUCGAAGCAUUGGACAACGGCAAGACUUUCACCUGGGCAAUGGACGUUGAUACCACGUUUGCUAUCGACACGAUUCGUUACUACGCUGGUUGGGCUGACAAGAUCCAUGGUCAAGUAGUGGAGACGGACGAGAGGAAACUCUCUUACACCCGUCACGAACCAAUCGGCGUUGUUGGUCAGAUUAUUCCAUGGAACUUCCCUUUGCUUAUGAUGUCGUGGAAACUUGGUCCUGCUCUCGCUACUGGAAACUGCAUUGUCAUGAAGCCUUCAGAAUUUACUCCUCUGACUGCAAUUCGCAUGAGUGAGCUUAUUCACGAGGCCGGAUUUCCACCCGGGACGUUCAACCUUCUCACCGGAUAUGGCAACACUGUUGGAGCGGCAAUCUCUAGCCAUAUGAAGAUUGACAAAGUUGCCUUCACUGGUAGCACUCUGGUCGGUCGUAAGAUCAUGGAGGCCGCCGCGAAGAGCAAUCUGAAGGACAUUACGCUCGAGCUUGGUGGCAAAAGCCCGAACAUUAUAUUUAACGAUGCAGAUGUUGAUCAAGCCGUCAAUUGGGCAGCUCAUGGGAUCUACUGGAACCACGGGCAAGCAUGCUGUGCCGGUUCUCGUAUAUUUGUUCAAUCCGGAAUCUACGAUGAGUUCCUGUCCAAGUUCACCGAAAAGACCCGGUCUUUGAAGGUUGGAGACCCAUUCGAUCUCGACUCUUACCAGGGUCCUCAAGUCUCACAACUUCAGUAUGAUCGCAUCAUGGAAUACAUUCAAUCCGGAAAAGAUCAAGGCGCCACUGUUCACCUGGGUGGUGACCGUGUUGGCACAGAAGGAUUCUACAUCAACCCAACAAUUUUCACGGAUACCACACCUGAUAUGAAGAUUGUCCAAGAGGAAAUCUUCGGUCCAGUCGGUGUCGUUAUCAAGUUUGAGGAUGAGGAAGAUGUCAUUCGACAAGCAAACGAUACUGUGUUUGGCUUAGCUGCCGCUGUAUUCAGCCAGAAUAUCACUCGUGCCCUCACCACUGCUCAUCGAUUAAAGGCUGGGACUGCAUGGGUCAACUGUGUGAACCAACUUCACGCUAACGUUCCAUUUGGUGGAUUCAAACAGUCAGGUAUUGGUCGUGAACUCGGCGAGUACGCCUUGCACAAUUAUACUGCGGUCAAAUCUGUUCAGGUUAACCUCGGACAUGUAAUGUGAACCGAGCGAGAGUUUACUUUCCUCAGAACAGUUAUUGCUUAUCAUAAUGCUAAAUCUUGGAAUAGAGAGUGAAGAAAGUCAGAAGUCAUGUACAUAAAAUUGGGAUAUCAUCACAAAUUCAAUCAAAUCGUAUUUCAGAGAA